AUGUUCGGCGGUGGUCAGCCCGUGUUCGUCCUGCAGCAGAAUGUCCAAAGGGAGCACGGAAGGCAAACGCAAAUAGCCAACAUACAGGCGGCGGCAGCGGUGUCUUCGGUGGUCCGGUCGACAUUGGGGCCGAAGUCGAUGUUGAAGUUGUUGUUGGACCCGUUGGGUGGAGUGGUGAUAACGAAUGACGGUAACGCGAUUUUGCGUGAGAUCGACGUGACUCACCCAGCGGCCAAGUCUUUGAUUGAAUUGUCGCGGGCGCAGGACGAGGAGGUGGGUGACGGUACGACGUCGGUGGUGAUUUUGACUGGCGAGAUUUUGGCGCGUAGUGAGAAGCUGUUGGGGAUGCAGAUCCACCCGACAUUGGUGGUAAAAGGAUACUUUGCGGCAUUGACGGAGGCCCUCAAGGUGCUAGAAGAGAUUGCGACGGAUAUUGACCUGGAGGACGCAACCAAGUUGCGGGAGGUAGUGGGUUCGUGCAUGGGGACCAAGUUUAGUGCGCAAUGGGGCGCCAAGAUCACUGGGCUAGCAUUGGAAGCGGCGCAGAUCGUUCAGGAGACUCUCCCCAAUGGUAAGCGUGAAGUGGACACGAAGCGAUAUGCGCGCAUCGAAAAGGUGCCGGGCGGCUCAAUAGAGGACUGCCAGUUGGUCAAGGGUAUAGCGAUUGAGAAGGAUGUGACACAUGCAAGGAUGAAACGGCGCAUCCAAGAUCCGAAAAUUGUGUUGCUCGAUUGUCCACUUGAAUAUAAAAAGGGCGAGUCCAUGACGAAUGUGGAAAUAACACAAGAAGAAGAGUUCGAGAAACUGUUGCUACAGGAAGAGGAAGAAGUGCGGAAGAUGUGCGAUUGCAUUGCGGCCACGGGUUGUAAUUUGGUGAUAACUGAAAAGGGUGUGUCGGAUUUAGCCGCACACUUUUUGAUGAAGCAGAACAUCUCUGUGGUGCGCAGAGCCAAAAAGACGGACCAGAAUCGUUUGGCUAGAGUAACUGGAGCCACGAUCGUAAAUCGUUGCGAAGAACUAACGGAGCGGGAUGUGGGUACGAAAUGCGGGCUGUUUGAGGUCAAGAAAAUCGAUGAUGACUACUGGACCUUCUUGACUGACUGUGCGGAGCCGCGCGCCUGCACUAUUCUGCUCCGUGGCGGCAGCAAAGACUCGCUGAACGAAAUCGAACGGAACUUGCAUGACGCUCUCGCUGUUGCGCGUAACAUCUUCCUCGAAGGCAAACUGCUUCCCGGUGGCGGCGCUUGCGACAUGAUCUGUGCUAAACGACUACACGAAGCCGCCAAACGACUUGGCGGCCUCGAACAAUGGGGUAUGCGCGCUGUCGCCGAAGCCUUCGACGUCAUCCCCCGCAUCCUCGCUCAAAACGCUGGCGUCGAUGUCGUCACCACCAUCGCCAAACUCAGAGCCGCCCCCGAUACCAGCGGCAUAGACGGAGUCACUGGUGAAAUCGUCGACGUCACCGCCAAAGGUAUCUGGGAUACCUAUAGAGUGAAAACACAAAUGAUCAAAACUGCCAUCGAAUGCGCCGCCAUGCUCAUCCGCGUAGACGACGUGCUUUCCGGCAUUGGCAAACCUAAAGAGCCCACCCCUGAAGUCACCAACUAUGCUUAA